AUGCUUCGCCUCCGGCUUCCACGUACAGUCGGCGCCGCCACCCGGCGCCUGCGCUUCUCGACCAAGGCGCAAGCCUUGAGCGACGACGAGUGGAAGGCGAAGCUGACGCCGUGGGAAUACCGCGUCUUGCGCCAGAAGGGCACGGAGCCGUCGGGCAGCGGGCCCUUGAACAAGCACUUUGAGAAAGGAACGUACGUGUGCGCCGGCUGCCACACGCCCUUGUAUGCGUCCACGCACAAGUUUGACUCAGGCUGCGGUUGGCCUGCGUUCUACGAUGCGCUACCCAGUGCCAUCGUGUGGGUCCCCGACAGCGACGGCCAGCGAACCGAGAUCGUCUGCGCCAAGUGCCACGGCCACAUGGGCCAUGUCUUUGAGAACGAAGGCUUCCCGACGCCGACGAACCACCGCCAUUGCGUCAACAGCAUCUCGAUCAAGUUCAAGGCGGACAAGUGA